GGCACUCGACGGCUUCAGGUGUUUCCCGAAAGCACAUUUUAAGUAUAAGUUCUGCCUUGCCUUGGUUCACACAUACAAAUGAGUGAAGGGUAGAAAUCACACGCAAAGCAUAACGUGAACAAUACAAUUUAUUUAAAAUAAUUAGUAAUUUGAAAUAUUGUAUGAAACAUCAACAUAGAACAAACAAAAACAGAUAACCCGACAUAAUUAAAAUACCUUGAUUGCACUCAAAUACGUAAAAGAACAGCAUCGUCAGAGGGGCACCUCACACACACGCCACAGUUCCUUGUCCUCCGCCAGCCCAGCCGCCACUGCUUACGCACUUCGCAUUCACACACCAACGUUACCGUGCAUUGGCUCAAUGACUCGAUGGCUGCAAGUACAAACAAUUAUCAACAAUGCAGCGGCGUUUAUGCGACACGUAAUUCAUACAUGUGACAAUACAUCUGCCAUUAGUCUGUCCUAGUGUACACUUAAUUGAUUACCACACAAAUAAUACGCCGUGCCAACACCGCAACCACGCAGGAGGGCAGAACGAGCCACUCAUGGAGAUCCCCGCCCUCUUCCUCUUGUUCUUCGUCCUCCUUAGCCGCGACGCCUUCGGAAGAAGUACCGAAGGAGAGGCGGACCGAAAGACCAGCCGGAAAGAGGCUGUAGAAGACGCAGGGGAAGCCUUGACGCCGUGGGGGCCAAGGUCAUGGCUGUCGGAGCGGAGAAAACGGUCACUCUUUAUAGAAAGUCAAGGACGCAUCCAAUGGGACCAAGGAUCAUCGGUCGCUUACACGCCAGGAGAGGGAGCAAGGGUCCCCGUGGUUCCUCAAGCUCCUUCGCCAGCUCUAGCUUCAAUUCCAGCUGCUCCGGCGUCGUCACCGCCCUCAUACAUCACCCGAAUGGUGCCAGUGUUCAUGUCGUCACAGUUCGGGGGCUUUUCGGACUUUGAAGGCGGGUUUGGAGGCGGGUCUGGAGGCGGGUUUGGAGGGUUUGCAAGCAUUGAUUCCCAUCCAUGUAUUAAUAUGUGCGAGGUUCGGAACGAGCGUGGAGGCUGUGAUGUUAAUGUUACAUGUUUUUUUAUUAAGCCAUAAACUGUAUUCAUAUGUAGGAAAGGUAUGAGAAUUGAGAAUGAAUACUUGCACAUUAAUAUUUAUUAAGAUAGAUAAGGUAAACAUGAGAAUGACUUUGUAAACAACCGUGUUUCACCCUUCCCGCCAGGUAUCAUUAAUUAAGGCUUCAUGAAUACCGUUUUAUCACUAAUUUACUUUCAUUUUACCUGUUCAAUUUUAAGUGUGAAUAUCAAUUCAUCCCUGUGUGUUUUAUAUGUUCUCCCUUUUUGACAUUUGACACUCGUUUGUUAAGGCUUCAAUUUUACACAGUCAAUAUGUACUAAUUAUAAAACAAAAAAUCACACUACCAUGUUGGGUAGGGUGUUUCAAUAAUUGUCGAUUUUCUAAAAUUUGCUCGAAUCCCGGGGGCAAGGUAAGAAAUAGUUUGGAUAUGUAUUCUUUUUUUUUUUUUUUUUUUAUUAAAAUAUUAAAAGAAUAUCUCGUGUUCUCUAUUUUCAAUUGAAAGUUUUGAUAAAAUUAUGAUUUAGACACCGCAUCGAACGCCAAAUAGCGCCUCGUUUUUUGUUGUCGGUAUAACUAUUUUAUUUUUAAAAUACCUCAAUAUUAUACUUUUCUUUAAUAUUUUUGCAUAAAAAUUAUUUCUAUUAUAAAUAAAUAUUAUAUAAAGUUC